UCCCGGCCCUGGUCUCCCGGCGCGGGCGCGUGGCGCCAUGCUGCUGCGCCCGGUGAUCGGGACGCUGCAGCACAAGCGCGUGGUGUUGGCCAGCUCCUCCCCGCGCCGCCGGGAGAUCCUCAGCAAUGCGGGCCUCAGGUUCGAGGUGGUUCCGUCCAGGUUCAAGGAGAAGCUGCACAAGGGCUCGUUCGCCGCCCCGCACGCGUACGCCGUGGAAACGGCCAAGCAGAAGGCGCUGGAGGUGGCCGACCGGAUGCACCAGAAGGACCUGCGGGCCCCGGACGUGGUCAUCGGAGCCGACACCAUCGUGGCGGUCGGGGGGCUGAUCCUGGAGAAGCCGGUGGACAAGCAGGACGCCUACCGCAUGCUCUCGAGGCUCAGCGGGAAGGAGCACAGCGUGUUCACGGGCGUGGCCAUUGUCCACUGCUGCACCAAAGACAGUCAGCUGGACACUGAGGUGUCCGAGUUCUAUGAGGAGACCACGGUGAAGUUCUCGGAGCUGUCGGAGGAGCUGCUGUGGGAAUACAUCGACAGCGGGGAGCCCAUGGACAAGGCCGGCGGCUACGGGAUCCAGGCGCUGGGUGGGAUGUUGGUGGAGUACGUCCGCGGCGACUUCCUCAACGUGGUGGGCUUCCCGCUGAACCGGUUCUGCAAGGAGCUGGCACGCCUGUACCACGCACCCCGGGCCCCCGGCGCCCCGCGGCGGGUCCAGCACGACUCCAUCCCGGCUGUCGACACGUUCGAGGAUCUCAGCGACGCCGAGGGAGGCGGCUCUGACCCCGCUCGGGCCAGUGAGGGCCUGCAGGCUGGCGGGGCGCAGCUGCAGGCUCCCCGCACCCAGGAGGCGGACCUGAACGGGGUGACGGACAGCCAGCCCCGGCUCCCCGCGGGCCUCCUGGAGCUGAUGGAUGGCUUCAAAGCAUCCAAGGUCCUGCUCAUGGCCUGCAAGCUCCAAGUGUUCGAUGUACUGAAAGACCGAGGACCCCUGUCGGCCGCGGACGUCGCCCGCGAAAUUGACGCCUCGGUGGGAGGCACCGCGCGCCUGCUUGACGUCUGUGCAGCCCUGGGGUUGCUGAACAAGUCGGACAGAGGUUACAGCAACACGGAGACGGCCAGCCUGCACCUGGCGUCGGACGGCGAGCAGUCUCUCCACGGCCUGGCCGCCUACCACGACGGGCCCGUCUGGGACGCCUUCACGCACCUGGGCCGGGCCGUGCGGGAGGGGGCAGCGUGGACCCCAGAGCCGCUGCUGCAGGGCCCCCACAAGUGGAGCACAGAGGCGACCCUGCAGUUCAUGAGGGCCUCGCAUGGCCUCAGCAAGCUGACCGCCCAGCACGUGGCCACGGCCUUUGACCUGUCCCCAUUCACCUCCGCCUGCCACCUGGGAGGCUGCACGGGCGCCCUGGCCCACAAGCUCGUCCAGGAGUACCCGCGCCUGCAGGUGACUGUGUUUGACCUCCCAGAGGUCAUCAGGCUUGCCAGGGACUUCCAGACCGACGCACAGCCGUCAGAGCGGGUCCACUUUGUGCCAGGUGACCUUUCCAGCGACAGCCUCCCGCCCGCAGACCUAUACAUUCUCUGCAGCCUCCUGCACGACUGGCCGGACGACCGACUCCACGGGCUCCUGAGCCGGAUCUCCGGCAGCUGCAAACCAGGCGCUGGCCUCCUGCUGGCCGAACUGGCGCCCGCGGAGGAGGAGGAGGCCAGCGGGGCGGCGCGGAGGCCCCCCGGGCUGCGGACCCUGGGGGUGGGACGGCGCCCCGGGCAGUACCGGCGCCUCGUGCAGCGGCUCGGCUUCCAGGACGUGCAGGCGGCGCGCGCGGGAGGCCUGCUGCACGUGGUCCUGGGGACCCGGGCCCCACCCUGAGGGUCGCCCCGCCGCGAGGGUCACAGCGCGAGCCGGCCGGGGUGAUUCCCAGAGAAGAGGUGUCUCGCGGGGCAACGAUGAUUAAAGGAGGCGGAAAGCGGGCAGUCUCCGCGCGCGUCUGUAGGGGCGCCCUGGGCCCAGGACGUGCGCACCCCCAACCCGGGAGCGGAAGGCUGCGCGGGCUGGGAGUGCCUGGUGGGGGAGCGUCGCGGGGACUCGGAGAGGGGCCUGGGGCGCCCCGGGGCUGGAGGCGACCGACAGAGGGGACCCCCAGGAAAGCCAGGGGGCGCGGUCGUCGCCCCGAGGGCACCUGGUCGCAGCCGGGCUGGGCCCCCAGUGACAACAAGUGACGUGCAAAGCCAGCCCCGGGGGCGCGUGGGGGGCGCGGUCCCUCGGGACAACAGGUUCCCUAGAAGCAACUUUCCCUUCUAACCAGAGGGGUCUGAACACCCGCCCGCGGGGAGGGGGCGUACCCGAGCCCCCCACCCCACCCCGAGAGCCCUUGCUGCAGUCCGCCUAAUGCAGGCGGACUCAGGGGUCCCACACGCACGACCAGGCCCGCGAGCCAAGGACACGCCCGAGCGAGACCCCCAGCUGGAGGCUGACGGCAGCUAACGUCUGCGGAAGCGAGGCGCGCCGGCCCGUGGGGGCCUUAUCCGCCUCACUCUCCUUUUCCUGUUGGGACUCUUCGCAGUUAAAAAAAAAAAACC